AUGUACCUCCUGACAGUUUUGGGAAACAUGUCCAUCAUAAUUCUAGUAAUAACACAACGGCGUCUCCAUUCUCCCAUGUACUUCUUCCUUUGCAAUCUCUCUUUCCUAGAGAUAUGGUACACCACUGUGAUCAUUCCUAAGACCCUUGGAAUCAUUAUGGGGAGUAGCAGAAGCAUCUCUUUAGCUGGCUGCAAUCUACAGAUGUACUUAGUUUUUGCCUUUGGGUGCACAGAGUAUUUCCUGCUUGCUGUCAUGGCCUACGACCGAUAUUUGGCUAUAUGUUUCCCAUUGCACUAUAGCACCAUCAUGGACAGUAGCCUUUCUGGCAAGCUAGCAGUUGCCUCUUGGCUGUGUGGAUUCCUUGUUAUUUGUAUACCAGCAAUUAUGAUUUCAAGGUUAUCCUUUUGUGGGACCAAUGUGAUUAAUCAUUUCUUGUGCAACAUUGAUUCAUGGAUAAUUCUCUCCUGCACAGACACCUAUGCCAUUGAAUUGGCAGCUUUUAUUAUUUCCAUCUUUGUAAUCUUGGGCUCCUGUUUUAUAACCCUUCUUUCCUACAUAUACAUUAUAUCUACCAUUCUACAAAUGGCUUCUGCCAAAGGACAACAGAAGGCCUUUUCUACAUGCUCUUCCCAUCUCGCUGUUGUAGUUAUUUGGUAUGGAUCCACCAUCUUUCUUUUUGUUAAGCCAUCUAAGCGGACAUCUUUAGAAAUUACCAAAGUAGUGACCAUCCUGAAUACAAUUGUGACACCAGUGCUGAAUCCUUUCAUUUAUACCUUAAGAAACAAAGAGGUUAAGGAGGCUGUGAAAAAUCUGUUGCACAGGGAAUGA